UCUGUUCUUCGUUCUAGAUGCUGCUGCUGCUCCUUAUCCGGACGAUGGGAUGAAGGCUGCUUUUGUGCCUCAGGGGAAACCCAGAGGUCCUCUUGGUGGAUUUCCAAAGCAGAGUCCUGUUCGUGAGCCCGGGCUGGAUGCCAGAGGUGCGGGUGCAGUGGAAUCGUCUCCAGCUUCCCAGCUGAGCUCCGGGACAGAAGCCCCAGCAACUCGUAUUGGUCCUGGAGGAUGGAAGGUGGCAUGGGAAGAUGGAAAAUAUUCCAAGAGACUGUCCCAUUUACUAAGGACAAUCCUGGAGAAGGCAGCACGGGAAGCAGAUGGAGAGCCUGUGCACAGGGGUGCAUUUCAGCAAGGCAGCCGUCUCACACUGCCCGUCCAGCCGGGAGCGACAGAGGCCACGCACACAGCUGGUGCUGCAGGUGCGGAAGGGGAGGGACGUGGAAAUGGCAGAGAAGACCAAGUGUUACUGAAGUACUGCCUGGCACUGACUGCAGCUCUCGUGGUUUCCAUGCUGGCAGCGAUGAUAGCGUGCUGUCUGCUUAUCCGGCGAUGGAGGCAGAGCAACCAGUGCCUGGCUGCAGCUGAUGGAGCCCAGCACGAUGUUCGCGGCUACAGCUUGCCCUCGGAGGGACGUCCUGCUUUCCUCAAGGGGCCUGGCAGAUGGAGAUGAUGCCAACAACAAUGACCACCUGCCCUCCGGCCGCGUGGCACCACCAGGGCGGCCCCCGCCAGGCCUGACAGCAGCCGGGCUCAGCUGCCCCCGCCACAGCCCACCAGCCCAGGCUCUGCAGCCCGGGGGCAUCAACACCACCCCCCGUCCCCCGUCAUCACCCUUUCGGGGGGUCAGGAGCGGCCCCUCAGAGUGUCACCUGGGGGCAGCUACUGCCCGGGGGAAGCUUGAGUGGCCUGGCAGCCCCCAGCAGCAGCUCUGCCUUCGCUCUCCCCUCCAGCAUCCAUCGGGGUGGAAGCCAGCCCAGCAGCUUGUAGUCUUGGGGACAUUGUCCAGCAGCCAGCCAACCUCUGCCUGGGGGAAGCCAACUGGCCCAGCAGCCCCCAGUCCCCCCAGGAAUCAUCACCACCCUCCCACUCCCCUCCACCAUCCUUCAGGGGUUGGGAGCGGUCCCUCCUGGCAGUCAGUUUGGGGGCAUCAUCCAACACCCAGUUUGGGGGCAUUAUCCAACACCCAGAAUGCCAGGGAGAAGGAUACCAGGCCCUGCAGCCCCCAAAAAAACACCACCUCUGCCCUCCCACUCCUCUCUGUCAUCCAUCAAGAGGUGGGAGUGGCACCCAUGGGGGGGGGGCAUCAUGCAACACCUGUAAAACCACUGCCUGGGGGAAGUAUGACAGGCACAGCAGCCCCCUGAGCUCCCCUCUUCCCCCCGCCCCCCCCAGCAUCACCUCUGCCCUCCCACUUCUCUCCACCAUCAGUCAGGAGGUGGGAGCACCCCCGGCGUGUGGGUUUGGGGACAUCAUCUGCCAGCCAGAGAACCACUGCUGGCAUCAGCCGGGGCUUUCCAGGCUGUGCUGUGCCAAUAAAUAGAAAGUACCACCACAAUUGUCCGCGCUGUACUGUUGUCAUGUAUGGGACAUAAAGGGGGUCCAGUUGGGGAAUAUUGGGGGUCAAAAUGGGGGAACGGACUCCCGAGGUCAGGAAGGAGGGCAUGGGGGGUACAGGGGACUCUAGGGGUCAGAAAAGGGGGUCAGGAUUGGGGGGGAGUAAGGGAAGACAGGAGGCCUGGGGUGGCAAAGUGAGGGGACUGGGGGAUGGGAGGAGACUACGGAUCAGAAUGGGAGAGUUGGAGUG